UCGUCUUUUAUCCACAGAAAACCCUAUUUUCCCUUAGCUGAAUCUCUGUGCCUCUUUGCAGCGAAAGCUCUCUACCAACAAGACAAUGAUUAUCUCCGAGACCAAUCGCAGAGAGAUCUGCAAAUACCUUUUCAAAGAGGGGGUAUUGUUCGCGAAGAAGGAUUUCAAUCUCGCAAAGCAUCCAUUGAUUGAGUCAGUGCCAAACCUGCAAGUGAUCAAGCUGAUGCAGAGCUUCAAAUCCAAGGAGUAUGUUAGGGAGACAUUCGCGUGGAUGCAUUAUUAUUGGUUUCUGACAAACGAAGGGAUUGAGUUCUUGAGAACGUACCUUAACCUUCCAUCAGAUGUGGUUCCUGCUACUUUGAAGAAGUCUGCUAAGCCUGGUGGCCGUCCUUUUGGUGGCCCAUCUGGUGAUCGUCCUAGAGGACCACCUCGCUUUGAAGGAGACCGUCCCAGAUUUGGUGACCGUGAUGGUUACCGUGGAGGCCCUCGUGGUGGUGAUUUUGGUGGUGAGAAGGGUGGAGCUCCAGCUGAUUUCCAGCCAUCUUUCCAAGGAAGUGGAGGUAGUAGGCCUGGCUUUGGCCGUGGCGCAGGUGCACCACCACCAUCUGGUUCGGGUUUCCCUUGAAAAAAUUUGCUGUUAUCAUACGACGAUGGAAAGACAGUUUUGUUUUUUUUUUUGGUUUCUGCUUUGUUUGUGUAAUGCAAAUCCGGAAAUCUAUUAUCUAUCUGUUUCUCUGACUUUGGUGUAAGCAAACAAAAGCGUUUAGUUUCAGUAUUUGUGUCAAAAUGCUCGUUUCUUA